AUGUCUUCCGAGAAAGCGAUACUCCCCCAGUAUGAGGACAGCCAAGCCACCCUCGAACUCAUCGAGUCGGCGCCCGAAACCACCGACAAGGCCCUGUGCGCCCGCUUCUCCGUCGCCAGCACCAUCCUCUCGGCGGUCCCGUGGCUCAUCAUCGGCGUCCUAGCCAAGAGCGAGCUGUACGCCGACAACGAGGAAUACAUGGGCGCCGCCCUCGUCGCCAUCCUCGCCGCCCAGCUCAUGGCCCUCACGCUCGCCACCCUCUCCGCGCAGGUCGCCUGGCCGGCGACGCAGGUUGGCAGGUACCUGGCCGUCGGGCUCGGGCUCGGCGCCAGUACCGUCUUUGUCAUUGUGACGUACGAAUCGUCGGCAUCGAGGCUCGAUGACAUGCCUGGUGUUCGUAGAGCAUGUGUCACGGAGCGAGAGCUUGCCAUGUUUUCGCUAUAUUGA